GAGCUAAGUUUAGUAGUAGACUAGUAACCAUGGCAACAGCGCUUAGCCAAGAGCUACUAUAACAACUGAAAACUCGCUACCUGACGACAGGAUUGAAGUUGUCCCGUAAACAGCGUCUGCUAUCGGCUCUGACAACCAUCUGCCAGCCUGAGGAAGCUGUCACGGAUGUCUGACAAGAAAGAAGGAGAUUCUUCAAACAGUGAUGAAGAUGGACCUAGAAAGGUUUUCUACAUUUUCCCAAACGGGGAAAGAUAUGAGGGGGAGUGCAGCAGAUCUGCAGGAGUACUGGUGAGAAGUGGUACUGGAAAACACAUCUCAGUUACUGGUGUUAUAUACACUGGAGAGUGGUGCAAGGACAAAAUGCAGGGCAGAGGGACCUUGGAGCAUCCCUCUGGAGCAGUUUAUGAAGGAGAAUUCAAAGACGGCAUGUACCACGGAAUGGGAACAUACACCUUCCCAGAUGGCUGUGUGUAUAAGGGGCCAUUUAAAAACAAUAGGAUAGAGGGAGAUGGGACUUUCAUUGAUGCCAAGGGAAUAGUUUGGACAGGAGAGUUUCACGGCAAAGCAGCACUUGGCCUCAAAAUGCAACACAACAUUUAA